AAAAAGUUUUGGUCAUCUCCCAUUCAGCUCCAUAAGUUGAACCUGAGUAAAUGUAAUAUUGAAAACACUUAUACUCAAUUAUUUUUUUUAGCAAAACAACAAGAACACUUAUUUCCCAAUUUAAGUCAAAACGCAACGAUUUAUCCCAAUCCAAAGGGACCCGACCCCUUUCCCAAAAUGGUGAAAAAAACACACUGAUGACCUAAAUGAGAAGUUAAUCUUUAAGAAAGAAAUUAUCUUGUGAGACAAGUUUUGAAGAAUUAUUGCCCUUUGUGGGUUUUACCACUAUAAAAUAUAUUGUCCCAAAAUGUGUAUCUCCUCUUAAAUUUUUGAGUAGAUUUUAUUAAAACUUUAAUAGCUGAAUGACCUUAUUGUGUAGAUGAUUGGAAGUUAAUGAUUGUUCAUGGUGACAAGUUUUGGCAGAAUAAUGGCUCUUUUUAGUCUGUUUUUCCACACAUGAAUUGUAAUCUUAGAAUACUGUAUUUUUAACUUCUCUUUAACUGCUUGACAUGUUAAGCUCAAAUUUGGCCAGAUUUUUAGCUCGUCUGUUUUCGAAUAAAACCCGAGGUAUUGUCAUAGCCAGCUCGUCGUCUGCCGUCCGCGUCUUGCUAAAAUCUUGACAUUUGGCACUAAAAUCAAAGUGCUUCCACCUACAACUUUGAAACUUCAUAUAUUAGAUGCACCUUGAUGAGUUCUACAUGCCACACCCAUUUUGGGUCACUAGGUCAAAGGUCAAGAUCACUGUGACCUCUUAAAAAAAAUCUGACAAACUUUCAUUUAUUGAAAACUGCACCCGCAGCCGAGCGUUGGCACCCGUUUUGCGGUGCUCUUGUUUAAAAUAUAUUUUACUCAUUUUUCCAAUGUGUUACAGUCCGUUUACACAAAUUUAUUUGUUGUUUGUGCCCACUUUUGUGUGACUUAAUAUAAAAAUCUGAAUGUAUAGAAGGUGAUAUUGCUGAAAGUGUUAUAACUGCGUACAUUUUAAGUACAUGUUGACAUCUGUGUUGUAGCCCUGUGAAAAUGUGGAAAAUGUUGGUGAAUGAAACCUUAAACUUAAAAGCUUAAACGUUUUAUUGCUAGGUUAGAUUUAUUUUACUAGUUAUAUUUGACUAAGUCACUUUUGAGUUGAGUGUUUUGACUUCGACUUUAAAUCUUUUUCACAUACAUGUAUAAACUGUUUAUUAUAAAGAGAAUAUGAAUUUAAAACAUCAAACUGUCAAAGUGGUCUGUCUCUACAUUUCAACCGAAACUUUAUCUUAAUCUUCAUGGAACAGCCAAUGAAAAUACUCCUGUUUCACCAUUAUUUUUUUAUGGGAAAUGAAAGUGUUGUUUUUUUUCCUUUUUCAAGAUUUUACUCACUGGCUGAGAUUUUCAAUAAUUUAUGGUAAUAAAUUCAGACACGGACAUUAAAAAUGGAAUCAUUUUAUUAGUUUCUGUGUUAAAGGCUAAUGUAAUGUGGAGUCUUGCUAUAAAAAUAUACUUAAAUUUAUCAUAUGUAUUCAAUUUGAAUGUGUGAUGAAAUACAAUAAAUAUACUGAAAGAGGUUAAUAUAAAACCUUGAAUUAUAUUUUUCCAUUGAAAAACAACCACAACAUAAUUUACUCACUAAUUAAAAUUCUUAUUGGAUUGAUCAUUAACAAAACUGUAACUGGGUUUGUAGUUUUUGUAGAACUUUUAGUUGUGCACACACUAUGUAAAAUCAAUUUAUGCCAGAGGUGUUUUGGCACGAAGCAAGUGCUAUUCUGUCUUUAAAUAUUGCCAAUAUGAAAAGUAAUGGACAGUUCUGUUUCAGUUUUCCUGCCACCUGUGAUCAAUAUUUCUUUGCCAUGUUCACCAAAUAAUCUUCUUCAUUAUUCAGUUCAGUACUUCUUUAUAAAUUCAUUCUUUCAGUAUAUUAUAUUGAUAUUUUUUAUUUAUAAAAAUCUUAAAUUGAAAACAUUCUUAUUUGUUUCACCAAAGGACCAGGUGUUCUUUUUCUGAAUGACUGUUUCUUUGUGAUAUCUAAAUUACGUACAUUUAUUGUGUUUGGACCAGAAUGUGUGGUGAAAAUCCUGUAAAAAAGUAGUAAAAAUUUUACUUUAAAUUCUCAAUGAUUUUGGCCAGUAUGUUAAUGUGCUUUUGUUAUUAUUAUUCAGCCUUGUCCAUUGUUUUGAACAAAAUGACUCACAUGGGAACAUAAUGAUGAACGAUAAUAACUGUUUUUCUGUAAUGUUUUUUUUUCUCAUAUAACAAGUAUGUUUAAAAAUAUUUUUCCCUCAGUAAAUAACUAACUGCGCAUUUUAAGUGUAAGCUUCUUUUCCACUCAUGUCAAAAUAUAUGAGGAUGCUUUUUCAGAGUUUUUAUUUAUACAUGCCUUUUUCUUCCAGAAUCAUAUACAUGAGCUGCACUCUUGGAAAACCAGUCUUAAUGCAUGCACUCUGUGAAAACAAGUCUUAAUUCAUGCACUCUGGGAAAACCAGUCUAAUUGCAUGUGGGUGAAGUGUUGCCCCAGAUUAGCUGGUGCAGUCCCCAUAAGCUAAUCAGAGACAAUGCUUUCCACCUAGACAGGAUUUUUGUUUACAAGAGACUUCCUUUAAAUGAAAAAUUCCAUAAAAGUGUUUAAGUUUUGUCCCUUAUUAGCCUGUGCGAAGUGCACAGUCAUAUCUGAGAUACUGGGCACUACACUAUGAAGCCCUGUUUUCCCAGAGCCUGGUUUAUAGGCUGUUUUCGGAGAAAACCCGAGCUUUUGUCAUAGCCAGCUCGUCUGCCGCCGACGUCCGCCGCGUCGUGCUAAAACCUUAACAUUGGCUCUAAAAUCAAAGUGCUUCCAUCUACAACUUUGAAACUUCAUAUGUAGAUGCACCUUGAUGAGUUCUACACGCCACACCCAUUUUUGGGUAACUAGGUCAAAGGUCAAGGUCACUGUGACCUCUAAUAUCAAACUUUAACAUAGGCUCUAAAAUCAAAGUGAUUCAACCUACAACUUUGAAACUUCAUAUGUAGUUGCAUCUUGAUGAGUUCUACAUGCCACACCCAUGUUUGGGUCACUAGGUCAAAGGUCAAGGUCACUGACCUCUUAUAUAAAACUUAUACAAAAACCUUAACAUUGCCUCUAAAUUCAAAGUGCUGCCACCGACAACUUUGAAACUUUAUAUGUAGAUGCACCUUGAUGAGUUCUACACGCCACACCCAUUUUGGGUCACUAGGUCAAAGGUCAAGGUCACUGUGACCUCUAAAAAAAUAAAAAAUAUUCUGACAAGCUUUCGCAGCCGAGCGUGGCACCCGUUAUGCGGUGCUCUUGUUUUUAAUUGCUUCAAUUGAUUUGAAGAUUUGUGCUAGUUAAAAUGCACUUUUAUCACGGCAUUCAAAGCAGGCGUUUCUAAUUUAAAGUGCUUCAUUGUAUGCCCAGGAUUUUGUGACUUAAUGCUUUUACAAUGUGUCUCAUGUACAACAAACAGAUUUCAGUCUAACCUGUGCUGUAUGGCAGUCCUAUGGAACAACAAAUUAAAAUGCGACUAAAGAAGAUCCACAGUCAUUUUGUGCGGAUCUUCGACGCCCCUCCAGGUGAAAGGUCAGAACGGGACAUCCGCUCCGUGCUGCCUGUUGUGAUGAUGAAAACAACAUGUUUCCGAAACCUGGAUGCCGAUGCAGUGACAUAUAUCCUUCAGAGAGCAACCCUCGAGAGAUACAAACUGGAUGAAGUCAUUGUACGACAAGGAGAGGUUGGCGACAAAUUCUAUAUCAUACUGGACGGGACUGUUUCCAUCUACGUCGAUGCAAAGAAAGAUGAGAAGGUCCUGCGUACGAUGACCGAGGACAACGUCAUGUUUCCACUCCCGCCACCACGACGCAUGUCUGUUGCCACGGCCAUCUCAGACAGGGACGGGGGUGAGGACUUGACUGUCGAGAGACACGAGAUACGAGGCCCUCACAGCACCAGCAGUCGGAAAUCUAGGCGCGAGUCGGCACAGUUUGGCCUUCGUCCCCAGUCUAGACGUCACAGCUCUCACGGGUCCCACGGCUCACAUGAAAGGGUCGACCACGAUAAGAAGGACGAGGAUAAGGAUAAGAGGCAUAGGAAGAAAUACGGAAUGGCCGUCAAUACACUUGGGCGAUAUCAGAACUUUGGGGAACUGGCGUUGAUUUACCCAAAUCGUCAACGCAAUGCUUCAGUGAUUGCAGAGGAAAGGACAGAAGUACUGGUUAUUUCAUAUGAGAUAUUUGAAGCCACUCUUCAGGUAAGAAUGUUCUUUUUAAAUUGUAUGGUUCAUGGUUGUUUCUGUUUGUUUUUAUAUGUAAACAUUGUACAUGUAAUGGUUAUUGUUUAUUCAUGGUUGUGA